CCGAGGUCUCCGCCGGAGCUCUUUCUCUGUUGCCCCUUCCGGCACGGAACGGGCAGAACUUCCGUUCCGCUUCCGCGGUAAGCUGGUAAAGCGCAAGAAGAAAACAAGAAGGGUUCUUGUGGCCCCAUGGCUGCGAUGCACAUGGAUCCUGACCUAGCCAAGCAACUCUUCUUUGAAGGGGCCACUGUGGUCAUCCUGAAUAUGCCCAAGGGAACCGAGUUUGGCAUUGACUAUAACUCCUGGGAGGUAGGACCCAAGUUCCGGGGUGUGAAGAUGAUCCCACCAGGCGUUCACUUUCUUCACUAUAGUUCCGUGGACAAAGCCAAUCCCAGAGAUGUGGGUCCUCGUAUGGGCUUCUUCCUUAGCUUGCAGCAGCGGGGGCUGACAGUCUUGCGCUGGAAUGCUCUUCAGGAAGAGGUAGACUUGUCCCCAGCCCCAAAGGCUGAAGUGGAAGCCAUGAGGGCCAAUCUCCAGGAGCUGGACCAGUUUCUGGGACCUUACCCAUAUGCCACGCUCAAGAAAUGGAUCUCACUCACCAGCUUUGUCAGUGAGGCCACAAUGGAGAGACUGCAGCCUGAAAGCCGGCAGAUCUGUGCUUUCUCAGAUGUGCUGCCUGUACUCUCCAUGAAGCACACCAAGGACCGGGUAGGGCAGAAUCUACCCCGAUGUGGCACCGAGUGCAAAAGUUAUCAAGAGGGUCUAGCCCGGCUGCCUGAGAUGAAGCCAAGAGCUGGCACAGAGAUCCGCUUCUCAGAGCUACCCACACAGAUGUUCCCAGUAGGUGCCACACCAGCAGAGAUAACAAGGCACAGCAUGGACUUGAGCUAUGCACUGGAGACUAUGCUCAGCAAGCAGUUCCCCACCAACCCCCAGGAUGUGCUUGGUGAACUCCAAUUUGCCUUUGUGUGUUUCUUACUGGGCAAUGUAUAUGAGGCAUUUGAGCACUGGAAGCAGCUCCUGAAUCUUCUAUGCCGGUCAGAAGCAGCCAUGGUGAAGCACCACACCCUUUACAUCAACCUCAUCUCCAUCCUGUACCACCAGCUUGGUGAGAUCCCAGCUGACUUCUUUGUGGACAUAGUCUCCCAAGACAACUUCCUCACCAGCACCUUACAGGUUUUCUUUUCUUCAGCCUGCAGCAUUGCUGUGGAUCCCACCCUGAGGAAGAAAGCUGAAAAGUUCCAAGCUCAUCUGACCAAGAAGUUUCGGUGGGACUUUGCCUCAGAGCCUGAGGACUGUGCCCCAGUGGUGGUGGAGCUCCCCGAGGGCAUCGAGAUUGGCUAACUCUGCAAACACAGGAUCUGUGAGAGGGCCCUUGCCACACAAAAGCAGUCAUGACCUUUCCAUUCACGUUACCUAUCUUGGGACCCUCCAAGGCAGCAAUCCUGCCAGGUUCUUUAAAGAUAGAGCUAGAAUUCACCAGUAAAUAAAUUCCUUUCACCUCCUUCACCAGUAAAUAAAUUUCUUUAUUGUAAAAGAGGCUGUAGCCAUCCUAAAAGCACAUUUGUGGGUUCUAUGUCAAACUCUUACAGAAGCUCCUGGGAGAGACCUGCCUCAGUAGUAGCAUCAUCAUUCCUGAUGAGAAGAACUUAAAAGUUCACGAGAAAUGAUUUCUUGUUCUAUAGGAUGAUUAGAAAACAAGAAACUCUGGAUUGCCUUGGGAGUCUGAGAUACCAGUGGAUGAUUUUUUGAAGUUAAAUAUACGUUCAUAGGAGAAAUUAGCUGCAAUUUGUACCUGUCCCUGGUUAAAUGGGAGUAUGUAACAAAAAACUUGGUAAUAAUUCGGGACUGGAAAGUGGGCUCAGAUAGUUGGAUUGGGUCAGCUUUGGCUUUCUCUACCUAAAUUUCGUUCUGUCCAGAGGCUUAAUUUCCCAAAACUGGAGUGGCCCUUGGCCUCGGGGAUCCUGGUGCUUUCACUUACCAUCUGUUGCAUUCCAAAGCCUUAGGCACAAAGGGACUUGACACCCCGCUACAUACCCGGAUUCCUAACAAGCUACCAUGACUGUUUCUGGUGACCUGGAGAUACAACAAUGAAAAGAAGAGUUCUUGUCCCACACAGGCUUUUUAGACCCUAUUGAAGUUUGUGCCUUCUGAGCCCUGGAAAUGACCUGGUCAACCUGGAUCUUCCCAGCCCUCCUGUGGAACUGUCUGUCAUCACAAUGAUGAUGCUUCCGCUUUCCUGGGAGUCUUGAGGGUAUGCCUGUUGUGCUGUAUGGGCAGAGUUCCAUCUCUAGAUGGACACACAUGCCCUCCAUGCUGACUUCAGAUUAUCUGUUGUACUCUUUUAAGUCCUGGUGCCAUUGUCUCCUAAAGCCGGGGCUCACAGCAGGUUUCUGAGUAAGAAUCCCUGCUGGUUAAGACUUUGGUUUCUCUUGUUUCCUCGGAGAUGUUUUUCCAAGAGCAUAAUGUACAUUAAAGUCUUUGAAUUGAGACUCUUGUAGUUACUAUCCCCAGUUUUCUGAGCCAGGCCACUUAGUUUUCGAAGCCAGGUCAUGCAUCGGUGCAUGACCUGACCUGCAGAGCACCUAGGAGACCCUGCCUAGCCCUGCAGUCUCUGGAGGAGACAAGCAGCCAGUAUUGCCUGUUCCCUGUAGGGAUUAGAGACAGGCACACCCUGUAACUUUAUAAUAAACUUGAAGUUUCACCUUG